ACUUCGUGUAACGAGAUAACCACCAAAACUUAAUCAAUAAACCACUUGCCUAUUCCUGACUGCUUCUGCUUCUGCUUCCUCAUUUCAGAAUAGGAGCCAAUGGCUCAUUUACUAACACCACCUCCUACCACUGCUGCAGCAGCUCUCUCCUCGAGAGCCCGCAAGACCCUCCUCUAUUCUCAGAAAAAUGGUAACUUUCCGACGUCAACAGUGUCCAGCUUUGGUCCCCAAUAUCAACAAUCACAGCCCUCUUCCAUCUCUGAUCUUCAUCAAGUCCCUUCUCAUCGUGGCCACUCUCUGCAUCGCAGGACAUUGAUGGGGCUGAGUGGUGCGGUAGUGGUGGGGUUGGGUUUGCUUGAUGAGCAAAGGGCAAGUGGUGCGGCAAGGCGUCCACCGCCUCCACCACCGACGGAGAAAAAGGACCCGGGCGUGAGUGGUGUUAUGGCUAAAAUAUUGGCUAGCAAAAGGAGAAAAGAAGCCAUGAAAGAAGAAGUAGACAAGCUGAGAGCUAGAGGCAAACCCGUUAAUAAAGACGCACCACCACCUCCUCCUCCACCUGAAUAGUUUCCACAUAUUUAACCUUUCUAUUGUCAUUUUCAAAUGGUUCAAGUUGCUUUUGUAUUACCAUUGUCGUUCGAUUGAAUAAGACAUUUUAGCUUCACAGGUUUAA